AGUCUAUUCUCAGUCAGCCAUUCUGUAAUCUAUGACUUGAUAUUUUUCUGGCAACACCUUGAUCAUAUGACAGUGGAGUGGAUCCAUUAUUUUUCAGGCAAAAUGGGUGGAACGAUGGUAUUUUUUUGGAUUACCCUUGUUAUAUUCGUAAUUGGUUCCAACGCUUCGGGUGAACUCAGUAUAUUACACAGUCCAGAUUCCCUGAAAUUCUCUGGAUCUAUUAAAACGCGUGAAAGCCUUCUCAAAGAAAUAUUCUCUGCGAGCCUUGGUCUCUCCGUGGAAGAGAAUGGAGAAUGGAACGGCUUAGUAAUAGUCGAUCCUUUCAAGACUCCUGAGGCAGUUGUAGAAGUUUACAUUGAUGGUGUGUCCUCACUUGGUGAAUCUACUGGGUUAAAGACGAAGGAGUUUCCACUGAUUGUUGAUGAAUAUGAGCCCGAUACAUUUGCCGCUUUGAGGCACAGAAUUAAGCAGAGAUUUACAAACAGUGCCAACAAGUUGGUUAACAUCAGGCUGUCAGAUCCAGAUGACUUAUCACUGGUGUCAGAUGUAUUUGGUGAAGUUGUGCCACCUAAACUGACUAAACAAACAUACCAAUACUUGAAGGUUGACAACGAGGAGGUCUAUUCAUUCUUGUACGAACUUGAAGUUCUGAAAGUAUUGACUGAUAAGAUUAAAUCUGGCGCAAUAUCUGGAGACAAUGUUGUUGACUAUUACAAUUUUAGAUUCCGUACUCUUCACGCUCUGUCAGACUUUUAUGGCCCUAAUUCUAUGGAAACCAAAGAAGCAAAAACCUUAUUAGCCAAUGCUCUGAUAGAGUUGAGCGACGCAUUUGUGAAGGCGUACGACGGCUCCGUGCUGGUCGCUGCCGUGUGCACCGACGUGGCACACACGCGCCGCACAGUGCGCGCCGCGCCAGAGUUCCGCGCCGACAAGCUGCAGGAGGCGGAAGACAACUACACAGCCGACUACGCCGCUAUAUUUAACAUCAUUCUAUGGUUCAGCGUAGUGUUCACGUUCGCUCUGGUAGCCAUCGUGUACGCGAUCAUGGAUAUGGACCCCGGCAGGGAUUCAAUCAUCUACCGCAUGACGAGCACGCGGAUGAAGAAAGAUAACUAAGCUAUCAGCUUUUUAAACAUCUAGGGAUAGUUUACACUAGAGUUAUUGCAAUCACAAUGUUGAUCAAAGCUUCCUUCUAUGUAUAAUCAUGUUCAAUUAAGGAUGUUUGAAUCUAUUUUUGUCUUGAAUGGUUAAGUAAAUGUUUGGAUUGUACUUAACAAUAUACUUAAAUCAGUAAUUAUGAGGAUUUAAGAAUACAUAAUAUUUAACAUUCCUUUCUAUUGAUGCAUACAACAUAAAAUGGUUUUUCAUUAAUAUUAUAAAUUGUGAUACCUGAAACUGAAUAAACGAAUUUUAAAUGAACCACAAACUGUGUGUAAACUGCCUUAGGUGUUCACUAAUUUAGUAUUACUACUAUUUAUGUUCCCAACAUUCGAAUCCGCUUAGCGGAGAAUUCCUUAGAGAAAUUAUGUAAAUCAGAGACGACCACAACUGUUUCUGUUACGAGCUAAUUUUAGACAUUUUUUUUAAUGUUAACUCGUUACCUUUAUUGUAUUAAGUGUAAAAUAAUAUGUUAUGUGAGUUGUAAUUAUGUUCAAAUUAAUAAAUUCGUUUUAUUUAAAA